AUGAGCGCGGAAGUUCUGGCUGCUAAUGUGGUAAAGGAACCAGUAUCGUUUGUGGUAGGGCUUUCCACCAAACCAUCAGCAGCAGCUGAGAGAGACAGGGCUUCUUCUCCUGCCUGUGGACAUGGUCCCAUGGCAGCCAGCUCACCAUCAAACAUCUCACACAAAGUGAAUUUAAUCCACCUGAUUGAAGAGUUCCUCUGGAUUUGUGGGGCGAUUGUCACUGGAUCCCAAUGGGAAUUGGGCCUAAUUGUGGAGAAAUGUAUGAGCUGCAUGCAGACAGGGACUCAGAUGGUGAAACUGAGAGGUGGUUCCAAGGGCCUUGUGCGCUACUUCUACCUGGAUGAACACAAGUCUUGCAUCCGCUGGCGGCCCUCCCGCAAAAACGAAAAAGCCAAGAUCUCCAUUGACUCCAUCCGUGAGGUAUGUGAGGGGAAACAGUCUGAGAUCUUCCAGCGUUAUGCGGAUGGCAGCUUUGACCCCAACUGCUGCUUCAGUAUCUACUAUGGCGAACACAUGGAGUCUCUGGACCUAGUGUGUGGUACUGGGGAGGAGGCACGCUUCUGGAUUACUGGCCUUAAGUUCCUUAUGGCUGGAAUCAGUGAUGAGGACAGCCUGGCCAAACGACAGCGCACUCGUGACCAAUGGCUGAAGCAGACAUUUACAGAGGCGGACAAGAAUGGCGACGGCAGCCUUAGUAUAAGUGAAGUUCUGCAGCUCCUGCACAAACUCAAUGUCAACCUGCCUCGACAGAAAGUCAAACAGAUGUUCAAGGAGGCAGACACAGAUGAUAUACAAGGCAUGUUGGGCUUUGAUGAAUUCUGCUCCUUCUACAAGAUGAUGUCAACUCGCCGAGACCUGUAUCUGCUGAUGCUUAUGUACAGUAAUCAUAAAGAAAGUCUGGCUUCAGAGGACCUGAAGCGCUUCCUGGAGAAUGAACAAAAGAUGACCAAGGUGACAAAAGAGAACUGCCUUGAAAUUGUGUCCAAGUUUGAGCCUUGUCCUGAAAACCGAAGCCAAGGACUUCUUGGUAUUGAUGGUUUUACAAACUACAUGCGGAGUCCUGCUGGGGACAUCUUUAACCCUGAGCAUUAUGAGGUCAACCAGGACAUGACCCAGCCACUGUGUCACUACUUCAUCGCCUCGUCUCACAACACAUACCUGACAGGCGACCAGCUCAUGUCUCAGUCCAGAGUGGACAUGUAUGCCUGGGUGUUGCAAGCUGGCUGUAGAUGUGUGGAAGUGGACUGCUGGGAUGGACAGGAUGGAGAACCAAUUGUCCAUCAUGGCUAUACCUUAACCUCAAAAAUAUUCUUCAAAGAUGUCAUAGAGGCCAUCAACAAAUAUGCUUUCAUCAAAAACCCGUAUCCUGUAAUUUUAUCUAUUGAGAACCACUGCAGUGUCCCACAGCAGAAGAAAAUGGCCCAUUACUUGACUGAGAUUCUAGGGGACAAGUUGGACCUGUCCAACAUCAGCCCAGAUGCUUCUGGAGUUCUGCCAUCUCCAGAGGCUCUCAAAGGGAAAAUCCUCAUCAAGGGUAAAAAACUGCCUCCUAAUAUAGAUGAGAAUGCAGAGGAGGGUGAUGUGUCAGAUGAGGACAGUGCCGAUGAGAUGGAGGAUGACUGUAAGCUUCUGAAUGGAGAUACAACUACAAAUCGAAAGCAGGUGGAGAAUGUGGCAAAGAAAAAACUGGAUAACUUAAUGAAAGAAUCUAAGAUUCGGGACCGUGAGGACCCAGACAGUUUCACAGUAGCCACCUUGGCAGCCUCAGGGAAACACAAAGACAAGUCAGACAUGAAGAGUAAAGGGGACACAGGGACCACAGAUGCUGGAGAUGAGGCCAGCCCCAGUACCAACAAACGCCUGACUAGAUCUUUCAUGGGCAGCUUCUCUAAGCGCAAGAAAAAAACAGCCAAACUGAGGAAGGUUUCCAGUUUUGAAGACACAGAUACAGAUCAGGAGAGUUCUGGCAGUGCAUCUAGAGGAGCUCAGCACCACAGCAGGAAGAAAAAAACCAUGAAACUCUCAAGAGCUCUUUCAGAUCUGGUCAAAUACACCAAAUCUGUGGCAUUGCAGGAACUGGAAACACAAGCCAGCUGCAGUUGGCAGGUGUCAUCUCUAAGUGAAACAAAGGCUCAUCAGCUAAUCCAGCAAAAGCCAAGCGAGUUCAUCCGCUUUAACCAACGCCAGCUCUCAAGGAUUUACCCUUCUUCCUACCGGGUAGACUCCAGCAACUUCAAUCCCCAGGCAUUCUGGAAUGCCGGCUGCCAUCUUGUGGCUUUGAACUACCAGUCAGAGGGCAGAGUGCUCCAGUUGAACAGAGCAAAAUUUUACAGUAACGGGAACUGUGGCUACACCAUGAAACCCUCCUGCAUGUGUGAAGGUAACUUCAACCCAAUUCUGGAGGAUCCACUGCCAGGUCAGAUGAGAAAGCAGCUGGUUCUUAAGAUCAUCAGUGGGCAGCAGCUGCCCAAGCCCAAAGAUUCCAUGCUUGGUGACCGAGGAGAGAUCAUUGAUCCCUUUGUGGAGGUUGAGAUUAUUGGCCUGCCGGUUGACUGCUGUAAGGUACAAACCAGAGUGGUAGAUGACAAUGGAUUCAAUCCAAUGUGGGAGGAGACACUAGUUUUCACUGUGCACAUGCCAGAGAUUGCACUGGUACGCUUCCUGGUUUGGGAUCAUGACCCUAUUGGUCAAGACUUCAUUGGCCAAAGGACUAUUGCUUUCAACAGCAUGAUGCCAGGCUACCGUCAUGUGUAUUUGGAGGGUAUGGAGGAGGCAUCGAUCUUUGUUCAUGUAGCUGUGCAUGACGUCACUGGUAAGGUGCAAGCUGCCAGUGGCAUAAAAGGCCUGUUUCACAGAAGCCCAAAGCAAGCUUCUCUGGACAGCCAUGCUGCUGCUCUGCUCAGCCAUAAGCAUACCUUUGGAGCCCACCUGCUUCGCCGCACUGCCAGUGCACCAACCAAAGGCCAGUCAAAGGUUAAGAAGGGCUUGCCUGAGAUCUCCCCAGACAACAAAGACUGCAGCUCUGAGGGAGCAAGUGAGGAGCCUGAGUCUGAGGCACAACCACUAGAGUGCAGAGGAGAUGCAGCAUCCGCACAGCCAUGGGAUGGCACCAAUGGGGGGCUCCACCCUGACAGUAGCAAAGAUAAUUCCUUAGUGCAGAGACACACUCCUUUGCAAACCUUGGGACCCAUCACUAAGGAAGCUGCACAGGAGAAUCUCCUAGGCUCCAUCUCUGCUCCAGUUAAAACCUCACUUACAAAUGUUUCACUUACUUACACUGGGAAACUUGUUACUGCUCAACUCUGCCUCAAAAACAAUAACAAUGGAGAAGAGAACCAAACCAAUACCUCAUUGUCGAUGAAUGAAUUUGAUACUGAGAGCAAUAAGACACUUCCAUUAGCUAAGACAAGAACUGAAACAGGAGGGUUUGAAAUACACACAGCCAUAGAGCCCAACAUUACCAUUAUCAAGACAGGCCAGUGUGUCGAAACAGAUAUGACAACUGGCCUAAUGACAGCACCUAGGUCUCACCGCGCUCAGGCACUGAAGGCUGUGUUUGACAGGGACACUGCCCAUGACCUGACAGAAGGACACAAAACACCUAUCAGAAGGACCAAAAGUGAUGGAUUUGUCAGGGCUGCAUUCCAGGCAUCUGGGCCAUCGAUGGUGCCAGAGGUUUCUAUUGAUGCCACUCUGAAUGAUCGACUAUGGAGCAAACUAGACCCUCGGAGCCACCGUGAUAGUGUGUCAUCUUCAUCCAGUAUCUCUUCUAGUGACACUGUGAUCGACUUGUCUCUGCCUAAUCUCACAAGGAAGAAUCGGACCAGUUCUGGUAAUACAAAUGACAGCUCCAACGGCCAGACAACAACAGUCAAAAGGAACUACCCUCGGUCAGACAUUAUACCCUACAUUGCCCAGCCUGUUAGCAAAAGUAAGUCUAACCCAAACCUGAGGCUGGGCGAACUUUGCCAGCCUCAGGAUGAAUUACUAAAGAAUCAGACAACAGAGAAAGUCUUAAACAGACGCUACACGUGGAGUAGACUCUACAUGGAUAGUUUAAAGCAGGCAUCCUCCCUCUCUGCAGCUAGUAAGAGGCCCACAGAUACCUCUGCUAAAGACAUGAGCAGCAGCUCCAAGUCAAAGAGUUUGGGUGAUCUCACCUCUGAUGAUAUUGUCUGCAACUUUGACAGCAAAUACCGAAGCAUCAGCCGAAGCUUCAUAAUGAGGCCCACAAAUGACAAGAGACGACAUCAGAGACAGAACACUCAUAAUGAUCUUAUAGAGCAACUGAAAAGGCUGACUAAUGUUGAGCCCUUGACAAGUAGUGACUUUGCAUCCUGGCAGCACAGUGGGGAGGAGCCCCCAGUGAGGAGGAAUUCCUCACGAAGCCAGAGUCGAGUCCGAUACAUCGCUAACCGUUCUAGGCAGGCCCAGGAGAGGCGGCGACUGCAAAACCUGACCCAAUAUACUGACAACCCUAUUGAAGAGCGAGGGAACCCAGAAGGAGCUUGCACUGUAGCUUGUAGCCCCUGCACUAGUCCAGACCUUCUGAGUCAGCUGCCUCCUCCACCUAUCCACAACAGCACCCUGAGCACAGGCAAAGACCCCUUUUUUGCAUUCAGACUCUGA